ACGCUGCAAAGACACGAUUGUUCUCACUGUGCUGCAGCCUCAUCAGUCACCUAAAUCUGCCUUCAUAAGUGCAGCCAAAAAGGCCCGUCUGCGAACUAACCCGCCUAAAGUGCGAUUUUCAGAACAAGUGUCCAUCAGUGAUCCAGACUCAACAAUGCUGAAGGACGACUCCUUGCUACUCAUACCCAAUGUGCUGAAGGUGUUUUUAGAGAAUGGACAAAUUAAGUCUUUUACCUUUGAUAGCCGAACAACUGUGAGGGAUGUGAUCUCUUCGCUGCAGGACCGCCUGUCACUGCGCUACAUUGAGCAUUUUGCCCUCGUGCUGGAGGGUGGUGGUCUCGACCAGAGUCAAAAGUUAAUACUGCUGCAGGAGAACCAACCCUUGACGCACGUGGUGCAUAGAACCUAUUUCCAAGGAAUGAAGUGUCUGUUUCGUAUCUGCUUCUUCCCGAAGGACCCAGCAGACCUGCUGAGACGGGACCCUGCUGCAUUUGAAUACCUCUACAUUCAGAAUCGUAAUGAUGUAAUCAAAGAGCGCUUUGGCAUGGACUGGAAGUCUGACAUCACGUUGCGAUUGGCCGCUCUCCAUAUCUACAUCACUGUGUCCUCAGCAAGGCCCAAUCAAAAGAUCUCUCUGAAGCACGUAGAAAAGGAAUGGGGUCUAGAGCCUUUUCUUCCGCUCACUUUGCUCCCAACAGUCAAGGAGAAGAAUGUUUGCAAGAUUCUGUCACAGUUGUUGAAGACCUACCAGCAUCCGCCACCAUCAGGCAACAAGGUCCCUCCUCUUCAAGGAAAGCUGCAGUACUUGCGUGUCCUCAAUGACCUCCCACCUUUUGGAGGAAUACUGUUCAAUACUGUUGGACUGGAUGAAAAACAAUCAGCCACAACAUUACUGGUGGGUCCUCGCCAUGGAAUCAGUCACGUGAUUGACUUGAAAAACAACCUGACAACAGUUCUGACUGAGUUUAGUAGGAUAUCGAAGAUCCAACUCUAUCGAGAAAGCCAAGGCGUGGCUCGCGUGGAGGUUUCAAUCCACGAAGGCAAGCCCUUGGUGCUUCUCAUGGAAUGGCCAGAUGCCAGUAACUUUGCAUGCCUUAUUUCUGGCUACUACAAACUGUUUGUAGACCCCAAAAGGAACAUCUACUUCAGGAUCUCUGGUCAGUCUCAUCUGACCAAGACAGAUUACAGAAGCUCCCACCACUCACACCCACGUUCUGGGGCAACUGGCUUACCAAGUGGAGGGCGGAGAGGGGACGAGAGAGAAAGCUUGCACAGGGAGUCAGGGUCUUCACGGGCCAUAGCACCUGCAGAGUCUCAGCAUCUAGGUCUGUGCCAUUUCCACCUUCAGGAACAACAGUUUCAGGAGCUCCAAGCACACGCUGAAGCUGAUCUUGACAUCAAUGAGAACUUUAUUGCCCAGGAGGCCACUGAGCGGCCCCGCACCAAGUCAGAUCCUACGCAACAGAUUACUGAGGAGGUAACUGUGGUGACGCCGAGCCCAAGAGUGGAGAAUGCUGGCUUUAGAAUCCGUGCCCAAACAUUGGCUCAAACUCAAAAAUCACCACGGUACUUCUGUGAUUCUUGUAAAGACAGAAAAAAGAAUGAGGAUUUGUCAACAGCCGUGAGCAGCGGCCGAAACACGGGGAAAACAUGCUCCAGUGGUUGCGCUUCCAGAAGUGGGGGUGGCGUUGUUGAUCUCAUGGCCCUGCCACCCCCUGGCAAUGAAGAAGAUGAGGAGGAGGAGGAACCACCCAAUGGCGGUGAAAAACUGCAACCACCACAACCUGCGAUUGCCGCCCCACCACCAGGCUUCAGAGACAAUAGCUCUGAUGAGGAUGACGCAAAAAGAGGGAGGAAGGCUACAACUGGUGCCAGGACAGAUCCCACCACUGUGAAACAGCAACAUAUCAAGGAGGACGUGCCUGUGACACUUAUUGAUAACGUGGCCACGAGAACAGUCCGAGAUCAUGCACAGGAACUUGACGAUGCAUUGGUAUCCACCUUGCAAGCUCUAGAAGCUUUGGCAGCUUCUGAAGACUACCCCCAUCACCACCAGCAGCCAACACAGACUGCAGGGCUUAUUGUCCUGGCUGCUAUUACACCAGAAUCAUCGUUGGAUUCGGGACAUGAGACAAAUUCCUCUGAACUGACAGAUGUUUCUGAGAUGGUCUCAGCAAUGAAGCAAAACCAAAACCAAGCCUACCUGCUCGCACACCAUAUCAAUAAGGAUAGUCGCCUCUCCCGCCGCGAUUUUCCGCUCGCUAUCCCUGGCUGCACAGCAAAGACGAUAGGGACAGGGGCAUUUUCUGUGGGUCAAAUCCGUGCUGGAUGUCCUCCCAAGCAAGUAAUCCUCAGUAAGACUGUUCCCUUUAAAGUGAGCCCCAGUCAAGACUCUGGGAUUGUCGGUGUUGUUACAGAGCAGAGAGGCAAUCAAGAUAUCAUUCCAAAUGAGCAGACACCAGAAAUGAAAGCAAACUUUGCUUCUACUAAAGCAGACAUCCCUAAUCCCCUCCUUAAAUCACCUGAAGAACUUAAAGUGUCUGAUGUGUCACCUUCAGCUCUAGUCACUAAAGAUCCAAAGUUAUCCAGUGCUUCAGGGGAAACACAGAGGCUAAAUCUUCUCAAUGGCGUAAAGGAGAAGUCCACACCACCUCUUAGUACAGACAAAGCCUUAUCUGGUCUCUUACCCGUGGACAGGACCACCUCAGCCAAGGUUCCGCAAAUUAAUAUGUGCCAAGACGCCGAGACUGCCUCUAGUGAGACCAUGAAGCCUUCAAGUUCCACAGAAUUUCUGUCAGUCGAUGAUCUCUUCUGCACUUGCCCAGUGCAACAGGAACCCGGGCACCAGUUAAGAAUCAAAGAUCCGCAGGUUCAAAAAGUAGUGGUGUUUCAAACCUCAUCUCCUACUGAUGAUGAGCGUCUACGAGCAAAAGGCCUCUUUAUUGCUAAUAGCAAAGAAAAUACAGUCAGAGCGGGAGUGGAAUGUAGUUUGGCAAAACCCAAUCCUACAGUACAAACCAAGCUCUCCCCUCAUUUUCCUCCAACAUCAGAAAGAAAAGAAGUAGUCGAGAGCAAACCGGAUAGUGCCCUUGGCAAAUCCCAUUCUGAAUCACAGAUCUGUGUCACAAAGUCAUUAUCUAAUUUAGAAGACAAAACACAGAGCCCCUCUUUAGAUAGAGUAUCUACUCUACCAACUAAAGAAUCCAAGAAAUUGGGCAGUGUAAAGGGCAAGUCCCAGCGCACCGCCCCGUUUUUGAGCAUUAGAAACUUACUUUCAGCAACGUUCCCAGCGAGAAUGAGAAGGGAAACAGACGAGCGAAGGGCUCAGUUGCAAAAGGUUCGACAGUACGAGUUGGAGUUCUUAGAAGAGCUGCUGAAACCCAAGUCUGCGCAGGGAGAGUUUUUGCCCCAAGGAUCCUCACCUGUACCCUCAGGGACUCCCUGUGCCUGCCAGCUACGCACCAGCCCUGUCCUAAAAGCACCAGGUAUCUCCAGAGAACAGCGGCGAAGCUGUGACUGUAAGAGAAUGUGUAGGGGUAUGAGACUACCUGAUACACCGGUUGGCUCCGCAACAGAAACGCAAACUAGAGGCAGGGAGAGAACUACCGCAAAGACCCCUCCGACAGUCUCCGAAGCAUCUCACAGUGAAGGUGCUACCAGGCAAUCUCAGAACUUAGAGGUCAAGACCGCACGAAUACGUUCCAUCAGCCUGGAGUCGAGGGAGCCACGGGGAGAGCAGGGCACCUGCUUGCCCACCUGUACUUCACAAACAAAUUAUGUGGAAGCACCACAAAAUAAGAAGCUUCAAAGGCGAUACAGUAUUGGAGAGUUGGAUAACAGUACUAACACGCCUGUUUAUGCAGAAGUAAAGCCCAAAACCAAGAGUCUUGAAAAAGAGAUGGAGCGAGUCAGAGCUACUGGAUUACGGCUGCCAACCCCGGUGGAGCCAGUUCAUACGCAGUCUCAUCAGGCAGACGGAAAGGGGAAAAAGGGUAUAUUUUAUAUUCAGAGCAAUGAGUUACUUUGUGAAAGUAAAGAAGAGAGCGGGGAGGGGCUGCUGACAUUGCCCAGUGAAAACAGCGAUGACAAGGAUAAAUGCUGUUCAUUCUGCUUCUGCUACCGCAAAUGUGAGGCAACAGAAGAGAGCAGUGAGAAGGACGAGCUCUCAUACUCGAUUCCCCUUCAGGUUCUUCCAGGCAUGGAGCUUGACUCCAGUACUUUUUCUGUUGUCAGCAAAACCCUGCAGGUUCUUAAUGCAGAGGACUGCAGCGGAGAAGAAGAAGACACAGAGAAAGAGCCACAGGCACAAGAGAUUGACCUAAGAGCUUGCGGCACACUGGAGGGCAGCCUGGCACGGGUUGAGGCGCUACAGGGAAAAUCUUUUAGCUUGCCCGAUGGCUUCCUAAAUGCCCAGUUGGAUGCUAAUGAGUUACUAGCUAUCCUACGUCAGUGUGCUAACAGUCCGCAAGCCGAAGGCGAGGUUCGUCUUCAACCCUCGCGGAUUGCAGAGUACAAGCAGGAGUUGGCAGUGCGCUUCAAAGAAUUCCGGGCGUCAUGUCGGCGAGUGGCCAGCGUGGAAAAAAGCCCAACAUGUAUGCUGGCUGUUGUCACAGCUAGCUUUCAAGUGCUGUGCGAUUUAACUCAGACCUUCAUCAAACUGGUCAGAGGGGUUCGCACAGAGACUCAAAGACAGCAGCUGUUAAGAAAAGUCGAGGAAGUAGCUAUUAAUUAUACUUUGCUUCUUCGCGCAGCAGAAGAAUCAAUGGGACAUUCAAGCAGCCUGCCGACAAAAACAGUUAGCCCUCAAGUGUCCUCCGACACAAAUAACAUGAGCUCACUCACCCGACCCAUCUAGGUUCUUUCUGCCAAGUAAAGACACCAGGAUUAUGAGCAAAAAUAAAACAAGCUCAAUAUGUAUUCAUUCAUUUGUUUACAUUUUUACUGAAUGUGCAAUGGAUACUCGGCAAAGAACAUUGCAAUGCAGCUGUCCCAUCCCAUGUUUACAGGCCCCGAGGUAGCCUUGUGGAUAUUGCUCUGAAUUGUAAAGAUACACCAAAAUGCACAAAUGAAUACAUUAGCAAAACAGGGCUAAUCACCUCAUCAGUAUAGAACAACAAAUAAGUCAAUAUAAAAUAUUUUAUAUGUAGUGUAAAUUUGAGUUGUGUCUACAUGGAAAAUAAUAUAGUAUUCUGUGAAAAAAAGAUGGCUAUAUUUAAAAAGUAUCAAUUUAAAAAACACACAUAUAGAGACACACACACACACACAUACACACACACACUACACACUACACACACCAGGACAAAUAUAUUUGAGAUUUUGUCAAGUAGCGAGUGCUGUAGAGUGCAUAGUUUAAAGCAAUGUUCGGUUAAAUGGUACUCUGUCAGUAUAUUGAGCUAAAUGUUUUUUUGUUGGAUAUGUUGGUCAAAUUUCAGACAAUAGACAGUGUUGGAUAUGGAUACUGAAAAAUGCUCUGAGCCAACAGCAACAUAUUACAUGUCGUCAUGGCCAUCCUGUUGGUAUGCACAUAACUGCGAUGGUUACAGUAUAUCAUGUAGCACAUAUCCAACACCUCUCCCCUGUACAAUAACAUCCUAUUGAGACUAUUUAGAAGGGGAACCCUCAAUAUAUUUAAUACACAUAUAUUUACACCAUUUUGCUUCUAUGCCUUUUGCAUCUCACUUCUCACUCAAACAAUAAGCUGGUUCAAUGUAAAUGGCUAUUCAGGCUCAAUUAAAACAAACCAUGUUUUAGCGCUUGUGCAAAUUCACUGUAUACUGUAAAAUAGAUGAAUUACAGAACUUUGCACAGCUUCUGAAUUUAGAACUUGAGUUGACCUAAAGUGUAAUUGAGGUUUUUUAUCCCAUUUUUUGCUUAAAUAUUUAUUUGAGUCUGCACAACUUUUACAUUGUUCUUAAAUCUAAAGAUUUCAUAGAAUCCCCUGUCAAGUUACGUCGUCAGGCACCGUAUAAACUUGCUUUCUGUGUGCUGUUGUACAUUGUGCAAUCUAGGAAGUAUAUAAGAAACACACAAAGUAGUUUUCUAUGUAUUUUAAUAAAACUAACACAUCCGCCCUGUGUCUGAAAUCUUCUUUGUGUCGCACCAUCUUAUCUCAACGGAUGUACUGACCUAAUAUACACACUCUUUAAAGUUCUGUGCAACAGAACUGACUUCUACACUUCUGAAGUCAAUAUGAAAUUGGUUUGAAAAAAAAAAGGGUAUUAUGCUACUUAAAAUUAAGUAGUGUUAUCUGCUGGUAACAUUAUUAUAUAACAAAUACUAUCUGUAUUUGCCGUGUCUUCUCUUUAUAUUCAUGACAGUGUUCGCUAGGUUACCACAGUAACUAUAGAAAUAUUUUUUGAGACGCAGCAUCCUCUAAAUACUCACAUAAAUCAUAAUUUGUCUGUGACCAUUACUCAUUGUGCAUAUCCUACAAAAUGCCAAUAUCAUGUUCACAAGCACUUUUGAUGUUGUCCACGAUUGUUGUUGAGGCCUUUUUCAAAAAUGUAUACGGUGUUUUUAUUUCAUUUGGCUUCGUGAGUUCUCUGCCCUUUGGGAAAAGUUUUUUAAUGGAUGAUUUUUUUUCACUUUCUACAAUGGAAACAAAUGAGGAUGCUGAAGCAAUAUGUAAAUUUAGAUUCUACAGAGAUAUGUACUGCUCAAUAUUGUAAAUGUAAAUAGGAGAAAAUAGUGAUACAAAAUGAUUUUCAAAUAUUGGACAGCUUCUGAUUUUGUAAAAUAUAUAUAAACUAGUUAUUUAUAGUAGUAUUGUAACAUACAGACAAAACAGAAAAUUAGAUUCGAGAGAGUAUAGUCAUUUAAAAAGCAUGAAAAUAGUAAGCAUUUCUUUUUACAAACACAAAACACAGACAAUGAUCUUGAACAUCUUUGUUUUGCUGUGUGGCUAGUCAUUCACAAAAAGACACCCCAUGGUGAAAUUCAUUGCUUUGUUGUUAUCAUUGUUUUUAAGUGCACCU